CACUGAACUUCCAAAGGUCGACAUGAGCCAGCGUGGGGAUGAGAGAAAUGGGGUCCGGGAUACUUCCGCGCCCAGAAUCGAUAGCGACGAAAGCCUGGGGCAAGGCUGAUCUUUAUCGGUCCCCACUUUUCAUUGGUAGAGAAGGCGAAGGAGCGAUAAAAAUCCCUGCUGGUUCACGUGACCUGGAAUGGAAUUCAAUGAACGCUCUCGAGUUCGGCUAUCAAAAUCUCACAACCUCAUUCAACGCUCACAUCUAACGUUCGCUCCUCGUCCUGUAUAUGCGUUGGGACCUUGCAGGCGUGUUUUUGGCGAUUUGUUCUCCCCUAACGCGUCACUUGCACUCGGUGCUCUUGGGCCUUUUCUGCGCCUCAUCCGGUGGCUCUGAUGAGGCUCGAGGGCUCCCCCAUUACCCUUAGCUGGCGUAAAGAUGGAAAACAGGAAGAGGUCUGCGGCACAGGAGUCUGCUGACUCCGCUCCCCCUUUCAAGAAGCAGGCCACUACGAUCAAUGGCACUUCAAAGCCGCACCCUGAUGCUGAUAUGCCAUGGAAAGACGAUCUGGAGCGAUUUCAGAAAGACGCGAUCUGGCGUCAGAUGCAAGAGUACAAGCGUGAGAAGAAUACACUAGAGCAGCGGCUGAGUGAAACAGCCAAACGGUCUGCAUAUCACGAUGACCACCUCCGAAUAAUUGAUACAUGGUUCAGCCAGCUGCUGGAUGAAAUCCGGAUUCUCGUCAAUGAUCUGGAAACGUCUUGCGACGGAAAAGAUGCUGGGUCUUCUUCCUUCCCGUCUUCUCUUCUGUUCGCUGAUAACGAUAAAUUUGACGAGCAUCUCAGAUCCAGAUCGAAGGAAAUUCGGUCUGCAAUCGCAGUCCUCUUCUCUAAACUCCCUGGACAGGCAGCAGACUUGGCGACCCUCCAGGGUCAACUCGCUCAGCUGCUUGCUACUGAGAAAGCGCAUAUCGUUGAAUUGGAUCGCGUUCGAGCAGAAAAGGAGUCUCUAGAGGCUCGUCUCGAGAAUGCAUCGUAUCGCUACAUGCUAGCUGAACGGAAGGCUGAUCGAGCAAAAAGCGCCGCAGUGGCAAAGUUGGAACGACAGGCUAUUUUCGGAAACCGUGCUGAAAACGGAAAUAGCAAUGGCACAGUGACCGAGGGCACCAUCAGCGUGAAACGCGAAAGUUCCACAAAUGGAGCGGCGGAGGAUGACAGUGCUUCAGAGCUUGCACGCAAAGAAGCCGUAGCUGUCGCAGAUAAACAAAGGGAGCAAUUGGAGAAGCUGGCAGCCGAGAAUGAAAAAUUGACUAGCCAGCUCACUGCCGCGAACGUUAAGUUGACGGAUGUGACUGACGAUGAUUAUUCGCGAACCAAUCUUUUCAGGCAUUUGAAGUCACAACAUGAAGAUGUCAUUAAGCGUAUCAAUCACCUUGAAGCGACAAACGUGCAAUUAAGGGAAGAAGCGGAAAAAUUGCAAGCCGAACGCACAGCUUACAGGGUGCAAAUGGAGAAAGAAUCGCAGACAGCAAUUGGCGAGGCCGAAAGCCGUUUGGCCCGUGCAGAGAAUGAUUUGGCAAGAAUCAGGACUGGGAGAGAUGAGCUCUUGGCAGACAUUGCUAUGAGGAAAGCCAGUCAAGAGCAAGAGAGACAAGCUGUUGAGCAGAUUCGGGAACUGGCUGCCGCCAGAGAUGACCGAAUCAAGGCGUUGGAAUCUGAAGUCGAUCGAUUAUUGCUACAAGCCGGCCAGGGUAACCCUACGUCUACGACCUCCUCUAAGCUUGACGACCUUUCUCUAGAAGAUCUUCGAAGAAAGUUCCAGGCACUCGAAAAGGAAUAUGCUUUGCUGAGUAACGAGCUUCCUUCAAUGGGGGAAGCGUGGAAGAAAGCUUCCGCAUUGGCAUCAAAGAAGGUUGCGGAAUUUGCAGCAUGGGAGGAAAAAUUGACCCGGUUGAGUGCUGAGAAAGUCAAAGCUGAUCAAAAGUUCUUCGGUGCGAUGAAGGCGAAAGAAGCAAGAGAAACGGAAGUUCGAUACCUGAAGGCUCAGAAUGCCAAGAGUUCUGAAAUCGUCAUGCAGCUAAAGGAAGCGGAAAUGGCGACGCGUUCGCUCGUCAUCAACUUAGAAAAGCAAUUAGCAGAAACUCGAGACGGUUUGACGACUUCUACCGACCAACAGCGUGCCCUGCAGCAGCAGCUCAGUGAGCUCAACAUUACAACAGAAGGAAUGAAAUCUCAAAUAUCAGAGCUUAAGAAAACCAUAACCGGAAAGGAUGCGACAUCCAGCGCCGCUCUGCAAGCUCAGCAACAGGCUGAAGAGGAAGCUGAACGUCUAAAAGUACGACUGGGAGAGACCAAAAAACAGCUGGAAACUUGGAAAAACAGAUCUCUCGGUAAUCAAAGUGAGGAAUAUGAGUCGCUUCGGACAAUUGCUAUCUGCACAGUUUGCAGGAAAAAUUUCAAGAAUACUGCAAUCAAGGUUUGCGGUCAUGUUUUUUGCAAAGAGUGCGUGGAGGAGCGCAUUACCUCUCGGUCUAGGAAAUGCCCGAACUGCAAUAAGCCUUUCGGCUCUAAUGAUUAUAUGCGUGUUACGCUUUAGAUGGUCAUGAACACCUCUUGUAUUAUAGUGAUACUCCUUGCAGGGUAGGUUUCUUUGCUAUUUCAAGAGCCGGCUCUCUUGGAAAAAGGAAAGAUGAACGGGCGUUCGGCUCAGAAUAUGGCUUUCACCCUCAACUUUCAAGGCGUUUGCGAGCAAUUUUCUGCCGAUAUUUUUUAAUUUGGCAGACUGAUCUAGGGAUUUGUAUGGUAUUGGGAAAUCUGGCUGCGCUAUUACAUUGUUCGCUCUGUCGCGGGUUCUUUCUCAUCAUUGCAAUCAGCCGGUAAUCACUACUUCCUCAAAACUGCACCGGUUGAGCUGUUAGGCAAUCCAGUUGCAGCUUGGUUAUGUCCAACGCCAUUGUAUUAUUCAGGCCUUGACUGCCAUCUUUUUCAAAUUUGAUUCAUUUCUGCGGGUUCGUAUGAUAUGAUUCGCUCGAGAAGUCCAAAACUCGGAUUAUUAGCUAUCGAUAUUUAACUAAGGAAUGC